AUUAGGCAGCUCAAAAGUGAAAAAGUCUUACCAAGAAAAAGUCGUCCAUCUUCGUGUCGGUGCGUGAAUUUGGUGAAAUUUCCACCCUAGAAAAGUGACCGCGAGUGACCAAAGUGGUAUCAGUUUGUCGGGCGAGCUUUGCUGUGCACGAGGAAGCACAAUUGGGUGGUGAAUUUUGAUUUCACCGGAAGUGAAGAACUAAAAGAAGCUAUACAAAAUGGAUAUGUCUGGUCCACCACGUGGUGGGUUCCGGGGAGGACGGGGUGGUCCACCCCGAAGCGGCGGAUUUGGCGACCGGGGACGCGGUCGCGGUGGUCGUGGAGGUCCCGGCAUGGGUCGGAUGAUGGGUGGCCCGCCAAUGAUGCGUGGUCGCGGGGGCGGUGGCAUGAUGCGGUCCGGACCGCCCCGUGGCAUGGGAGGUGGUGGUCCGAUGCGCAGUGGACCGUCAAUGUCCCGGCCGUACGGAAGCCGCCCGCCGCUAGGUCCCCGCAGCAGCUAUCCGCCGUCUGUUUCGAACGGUUCCAACGGGUCUGCUCCGCCCCCUCCGUCGUCCACCACUGAAAACGGUAAUGAUCUCAAAACGGCCGAUACCACUUCGGCGGCCAAACCGGUCGCUGCGACGACCGGGGAUAGUACUCCGACUUCGUCGGCACCGCCCGGGGCACCAAAACCGGCCACCACUUCGUCACAGGUCCCUAGCUCGGAGUCGGGUCGGGGUUCUCCACCGCAACCAAUUAAAACGGCUGAUUCUAGCAGCUUGUCACACUCGCGUGAUUCGCACGAACCGUCCGGCGGUGGCAGUUCGUACCAUUCGUCGUCGUCACGUGGCUACGGAGGUCCCCGGGGAGACCGUGGAGGAUACAUGCCACGGGGCAUGGGACGAGGACGUGGUGGAUAUCGAGGCGGCGGCGGCUAUCGUGGGGAAAAUUCGUACGACGCGCCUCGUCCGUUCCGCGGAGGUUCCCGAGGUGGUGGCCGCGGAAGCUACGGCGGAGGUGGACCAGGAGGUUACGGCGGUGGACCGGGAGGGUAUGGCGGUGGAUCAAGCUACAACAGUGGAGGAUACAACAACGGACCGCCUCCCUCGUAUCACCAGAUGGGCGGCUACCAGGGCGGUGGCGGCUACAACCAAGGACCGCCUCCUCGGCAGCAGUUUGACACGCGACAACCGUCCAACACUACCACGGUGACACCGAUCAAGCGCGGAGGAAUGCCCGGUGGACCACCCGGGCCCAAGCGGGGUCGCUACGACUCGGGACCGCCGAGCCGAGCGUUGCCACCAAAGAGCAUGCCGCCACAUCACGGUGCUCCGGCUCCGGUGUCCUCGUACAAUGCGCCUCCCGCGAUGCCCCCCCACGGAGGCUACCCGGAACAUAGUCAUCCUCCGGCCAGCAUGGACCAGUACGGAUCGCACGGAGCGGCCCCAGCCGGUGGUAGCUACGGAGCCGGCGCCGGUGCGCCUCAGGGAGGUUACGGCGCCAACGGGUACAGCCAAAGCGGGUACGGCAGUGCCGCCGUCCCGGCCACAGGCUACGCCACCGGAACGGAGUACGAUGCCAGUCACUACGACUACAGUGCCGGAACGUACGACACCCGGUAUCAGGCAGGAUACUCGCAAGACUACAGCCAGUCUUACGGCGCGACCACCGAGUACAGUGCAGUCCCAGCGGAAACCUACCCCAGCCAGCAGUAUGACGAACGGUCGGCGUAUUCCGGCUACGACACGCAAGCCUACUCGCAGGGCUAUGCAAAGACCGAUCAGUACGCUCAUGGUGGUUAUUACUAAAGCGAGAGAGAGAGAGAGACAACUCUCUAAACAAAUACAAAUCACAAUGAUUGAGAGACAAAAGGUAAACAAAAAAAGAGAGCAAACGCAAAAGAAGUGUGUGAUUGUGUGUGUAAUGCGACUAAGCGCGAAAACGCAGCAACUUACGAUAAGCGCAAAAAAAAAACUGAGACAACUGAGCAUCUCAACGGCAACGGAAUGAGAAAAAAAAACCAAACAAAUCAGAAAAAAAAACAAAAACUACUAACAAAAUGGCACCAGUUUUUGAACAUGACGCGGAAAACGCAGCGCAGCGAUCCCGAACAGCGGAAGAAACGCAACUUCAGACACAGAGAGUGUCGUCAGCACGUGCAGAUUUAGGGCUCUAGGGAAGGCGCGUUUUUUUAAAUUGAAAAAAAGUUCGUUUUCAAAGCAAAAGUCUUAGCUCUUAGUGAUAAACGUCAAAUUUUCUUUUUAAAACUAUUAACUGAAUUGAAAAUCUUGGUAGUAAUCUUUGCAUACAAUAUUGCAACAACUUUAACUUGUUUUUAUAGAAUUGUACCAUAGCAAGACAGAAUUAUGGAGCAAAUAAAAGUGGUAUAAUAAACAAAUAAUAUCCAAGCAAGUAAAAUGCAGUGAAACAAAGUUCUAGGCGUAGCGUAAACAUAGGUGUCUGCAGAAGUGUGUAGCUGACCAAUAUUCUUAUUCAUUAUUACUAUAUUCCCAUACAAAAAAAUAUAAACAACCCCAGAAAUAAACAUCCAACUACAAUUGAAUCUGUGUACUACAAUUCCCGCUUCCGCCGCAGUUCAUUGCCAUUCAGAAAAGAAAAAGAAAAUCCCAACAAAAUAGAAACAAACACAAUCCACAACACACUGAGCGCCGUGUACGGUUUCCUAAGUCAAUAUUUUUAUUUUUUCGUCUAUAUCUAAAUUAGCUUUUGUAAAAAUCUUCUAAAUACUCUAGUUAUUUUUUAUUUACUUCUAAUUUGAGUUGAAAAAUGCUACAACUCAAUUGUUUUCAUUCGAACAAAAAAAAAAAUCAUUCGAAACUACGUCUUACAAAGAGACAAAUCUCAACAAUUCCAGAUUCUCUCUCGUAUGGGGUUGCGCUCUAGCGGGUACUUUCAUUUUAUUAGCUCUUUAGUUAGUUUUUUUUUUCAAAAACAAAACCAGUCAUCAUUACGACUGAAACGAAAAACCACAUGCAGCUGUACUGUCUUCUAAUUGCAUUGAGAAAAAUUCCUAUGACUGAAAUUAAAAAAUAAAAAACAAUAUUACGAUUCCUAUAAAACACUUUCUAAAAUAAAAGAAUACUUGUAAUUGCAUGAAGCCGAUUCGAGACUCUCCAACGAAUGGAUGUGUUAAAUGAUAUAAGCAUAGUUAAAACUAACGACAAACUACAGCGAUAUUUAAAAGUCAAGAGGGUACAAGAAAAAAAAAACCCAAAAACUGGCUGGAAGAAACAAAAAACAGUCAAAAAGUUGUGUCGUAGACAGAAUCAGAGCGUCAUUUAGCAAAGUCUCUAAUUCUAGGUACUUGAAGUUCACAUCUGUGUUUGGGAAGUGCAGUUUCGAUGGAAAAUGUUUGGCACUUUAGGUACUUGAAGUUACCCUCCGUGUCAGGGAAACGCGCAUUUGGGAGCGUUCUUUUUUUACGUAACGCAAAAAAUCGGAUUUUUAGACCGCCUCCCCCCCCCCCUCGCAACAAAAUUUCCAUACAAAUUUUAAAAAUUUUGUAUGGAGCGUAACACGGCCAUCGACCCCCCCCCCUCCCCCCAUCUGCGUUAGUAAUAAAAGAACGCUCCCUUUGGAAUUGAUUUAUUAAAUGUUAUUUAACGUCAAAACAUCUUGAAUUAGGAUGUCAAAAUCGAUUACAGAGGGUUCUAUUUGAUUGGACCACGAAUAUUUCGUUCCCAGUGGUUAAUCAUCAACGGAAUUUUGCGCUUGUGACAUGAUAUCCUAAGUGGCGGUAAUAACAUCAAUACCAAUUUUUGUUAUUGAGACGAUCGGUUUUGUUAUGCCCAUUGAAAGACAAAUGAGCUGAAUAUAACAAGGAAGUAACAAUAAGAUCAAUCAUCAUCAAACAUCAAUAUCAUAAUUGCUAACCAUUUGUUAUUGCAAUGUCAAAACCUGUAAUUUCCUUGUUAUUCUACGCACAUUUUUAUGUGGUUUAGAAAUCAAUCAAUGAAAAAACUUGCUUGUUGUUAUUAAGAGUUCAUUCCCCCCUGCUCGGGAUGCUGUAUCAAGAUCCCUAAAGUUUAAUUGCCAUUAAAUGUCUUGAAAAUAAAUUACUUUGGAAAAUGUUUGAAACUCAUUUUUUUAAAGUUCUCGGGUUGGUUUUCAUUCACUUUUUUCUUCAAAACAAAACGAAAUUUCAACAGUUUAAAAAUAGAGGUUUUAACAAUGGUCCAAGAAACCACUUUUUGUUUUUAAGUGUUUUUGAAUACCUCUCACAAAAAGUAGAAUUUAAGCGCUAAAAGUGAUAAUUUAGUCAAUUGGAUAUAAAAUUGCAUGUAACCAUCACAAGUUAGCGCGAUUUAACGAAAUAAUGUAUUGCAAACGUUAGUCGUGAUCGAUAACGCUUGCAAGGUCACCCGCGACAGAUAAUAAAUAACGAAACAAAAAAUAAAAACUUCAAGUGCGAGGAUUUUGACAAGUUUACCAGCAGUCUGGGGUAUUCAAAAUAUGUGAAGGCUAAAAAUUAAUCUUUAAUCAGUUCGACAUCAACUUUAGUGAAAUACGCCCAAGAAUGAAGAGGGUUUUGAGUAAUGCCUUUACGAACAGGAGAGAAGCUUCCAGAACUAUACCGGAAAUGUUAAAUUUGAGUAAUAACGUUUCAAAAAUCGUAACCUUGGAUGGAAACAAGCAGUCUCUCCCUCUUCCUAUAGUGACAGUUCACAUUGAGUAUGAGUAUGUGAAUAGCCUGAUUAUUUAUAACCAAGGUGUAACCUACUGAAAAUUUAUUCUAGAUUUCGUUAAAUACCAAAUAUUCUUACAGUAAACAAAUUAAGCAGUUUAUAAGGAUCUAACCUUUCCUGGCCUAACCUCUAAAAGAUUUCACGCUAAUUAAAAAUUUCCAAAAAUAAAAAUUACGAUCUACAAACGAUUUUCGUUUUAGAUUAUUGUACGUGGAAUGCAAACUGUCAAACUGAGGUUCAAAAGUAGAAAGUACUGCAAAUAACAUGCAUAACAUCAUGCAAUAACGAUUGCGUUUCUUUUAUGUUAUUAACACUUGUAGCCCAAACGGGGUCAAAAAAGUUGGAAAUGCCUUUUUUAUUAUAACUUAAGGUACACGCACCUGUUUUGGAUCUACCUUGUUGGAGUUGAUUCUUGACAUUCUUCCGGAUCGAAUGCAAAAAAAUCAUCCAAAUCGGUUGAGUUUUCGCCGAGAUACAGCCGGUUGAAGUUGCAUUUCCAACUUUUUUGACCCCCUUGGUGCUUCGCGUCAGUUGACCGUUGGUGCUACAAGUGUUUCUUAAUAGGAAAAGUUUGGUAUUGGAUUGCACGUAUCACAAUGUUAUCUUACGAAGAAUAAAAAAAUAACGAAAUCAGAAGAUUAUAAAAAUAAAAAAAAAUAUUUUAUUUGAAUCUCCAUGCUUAGUAUGAGCGGAUUUCAUAAAAGCUGUUUUAUAAUUACUUUUUGAAUGAACAUAUCUCGGCAUCCAAACAUAAAAACAAAAACAGAUUAGAGAAAUAAUUCAUACGGAAAAAAAGAAUCAAUGCUGUGAUAAACGAUUUUUUGUGAAUCAAAUUUAACAUAGAAAUUAGUACCUUUCUUAAAAAUAUUUAAAACAUUAACAAUCAAAAACGGCAAAAAAUGUUUGGGUCUUCCGUAACGGAACGUAAGAUAAAUUCGUUUAUUUGUUUGACAGUCAAAAGAAUUUCCUCGAAGGGCUGUGCCGAGAAUCAGGGCGAUUUCAAACGACUAUAAAAUUUAAUUUCCGAUUAGACUUCAGUGGAAACAAAUCAGUUGCAAAUCAUUGGUAGAAAAGAGCUACGUUAAAAGGUAGAAGAAAUGAGAAUUAGUACAGGUAAUUAACUGGUUAAAAAACAAAGGGUUACGUAACACAAAAUUUGGCAUUUUUUUUAUCUGAAAAUGAAAAUUGAUGAAAUACCUAAAAUACAUAAGAACUUGCCGAUAUUGAUUUGAAAUUAAUCAUCAAUAAAAAUUAAAUUUCUUGACUAAACUUCUUCACAAAACAAUAAUCACAAAUGAAAAUCCUACUACAUCGUUAAUUUUCAAGAAUAUUUCUGAAACAGGAAGAAGAAAAGUUCAAAUUGAAUUUCGAAUACUUUGUAUGCAUUAUACUGCCGCUCGAAGCUAGUCCGUCCCAUAUGUAAUUUAGUCAAUUUUGAGGUAUUUAUGCAGUUUGGUUCGAAAUCAUGUAAACUAUCAGAGAAACCAAUAAAAUUUAAUACUUUGUUCUAGAAAACCGGAGAAAAUCCACUUUUUCGUGAAAUUCUAACACGUAGCCUUAUGAGUGGGACAAAUUUGACUUGCGUUUUUCUCGGCUUGCUGUUUUUACAUAUGGGACGGACUCGUUUAGAGCGGCAGUAUAAACGUUUUACGAAUGAUGUCAGAAUAUUGUUCCGUCAGUAUUAAGAACAGUCAAUCUUAUUUUUUAAUUUGAAUAUUUAUAAUCUAAAAUCAUACGACGUCUUCAUAUUAAUCCUCAUGACAGUGUUGCAGUAUUCAGGGCUGUAGAGUCGAAUUGUGACUAUAAUCACGGGUAUGAAUCUUCAAGCUAUAAUUUAUAAAAGUGAAGAACCGGCAUCAGUUUCUUCUCCGCUUCCACAACCCUGCUAGUAAUUUUCUGAUAUAUUUGUUGUGGCUGACAAAACACGUGUUCAUAACAAAGCAAAAUGGUGGUUAGAUAUGGCAUUCGAAUUAUCUGAUGAAUAGUUCAGUGCAAUUCCGUUUUUGGCAACAUAAACUUUUUGUUAAAUUUUCUUGCUAUUAAAAAAGUAAAUAUGAAAUUAGUAUUCGUUAGAAGAAAAAAUACAACUGAGCUUCUGUGCAACAAAUUCAGUUGUCAAGCCAACACAAUGAUUUUUUAGGAAUAAAAUAAUAGUCAGUCAAGUUGCCAAAAACAGAAUGACACUGUACAAUGAAGAUACCAUAUUUAUUUGAAACUUUUAUUAGCCUGCAUUUACACAAAUUUUGGUUAUUAUCUCCAAAACAAUCUGUCGAUGACAAUUCUCCUAUAAAAAAAAAAGAAAACAAAACUGUGCUACACUAAUAUAGGUAAGAAAGGUUACUCAAAUACAAAUGCAGUAAAAAUGCAUCAAAACUAUUUAUCCCAGUCGAUAUGGCUAUUUUGUGUAUCUUUCAAUUGCAGCAUAAUCAAUAAAACGGAUCACACAUCACACGAUUAUUUGCUAACAACCGGAAUGUUCAGUCGAAAGAGUUUAGUAAAGUGAUACACAAAAGGUAACUAUUUCCUUACAUUUUAUUGGCAAGCUGGCAAGUGAUACUUUGUAGAAAUGGGAAUGUUUUAAUGGACAACACGGAAUGUCAUCAAACGGUUAUGUGAAACUCAAGCAUAAAAAAAAUCGAAGAAAAAAAAGAAACAGUUAUAUCGGGCUAGAAAAAAUGUGCACUAUUUCAAAAUGGCUGACAGUGAUCCAGGUAACGAUAGUUGUAUUCGGGCAAAAAAAAAGUCAAAACCACGCGGUGAUUUGCAUCAGGAGGAAAAGAAACAGAAAGAAAUGCAUAAAUAAAAUUCCCGCCAAAAAUGCGGUAUCUUCCAGUUUAACGAGAAUGUCAAAGAAAGAGGAAUUAGCCGGCUGUCUGAAGUUUCGUUAAAAUUUGCUGAAUUGACGCGGUGUUUACCAAUACAAGUGCAGGCAGAAUAUGUUUGGUUUAUUGACCGUUUUUAUGUUCAAACAGGGUCUUUUCAAUAAGGCAGGGAUUAAAAAUGUGGCCUUUCAAAAAGGUUUCAGAAAUAAUUAUUUCAUUUCUAAAGGUAGAACAAUUCAACCAGGUACAGCGGACCUUUGUAACGGCAAAAAAUAACUACCCCUUGGCGAACCGAACAUAAUUUUCCCUGACAGGCAGUCGUCCGCAGUCCUACGAUAGGUAGCUUGUAUUGGUGUUGUGUGCGGGUUUGCUGAAUGCCGAGUCACCAAUAUAAACCUCACUCGGUUUCGUAUUCAGCAUCAUUCAAUCAAGCACAGUGACUCAGUAAGCAUCGCAGCACCUCAGGAGAAGCAAAUUCCAACCUUAGUUAGUUCGUGCUAUAGGCGGUGGCUCCAACAUUAUUGUUCAGUUUAGCAGUGCAAAAGUGGAGAAAAGAUUACCAGAUUAUGUAAUCCUUGAAAUUACUAGUAAAAAACUAGCAAGAUUUGUUUAACUGCUGUGUGCUGAGUAAAGAAGAAAAAGUGAAUUCAAUCUUGUCAUGCUGAAAAAUGUCUGCCAAUCGUUAACACUGUGAACAGCAGCCAGCAACUAUCACAGUCUAACAAAAUUACGACAUCAAAAUCAAUUAAUCGAUUGAAAACUGCACAAAAACCUGAAAAAUCAAACAGGAAACGUCUUGAAAGUUCCAUGCCACGCUGUUUUUGAACACGGCAAAGAUGGCUGCCGUACGCCAUUGUCACUUCGCAGAAAGUUCAUGUGCCAAACGAAGAAACAUUUCGACAAUUCGAAGAAUAGCUUUGAUAGUGUCUGCAGCAGCCGGCUAAACAGAUUUCUUCCGGAUGGCAAAUUUACGCUUGAAAGAGCCGGUGACGGAUAACGAGCCUGCGUAGUAUCGGAGUUUAACCUCACAAAUACCAACGGAGCAGUCAGCAGAUGCCGGUAAAAAAACGACACCGAUACACUGGGUGUAAGUAGUGAUUUGCCGGCUAGACAGGUUUGCCGAGCAAGCCGCCCAAGUCUGCGUCUUAAUCGUCUUCUAAAGUUGUCUUUCGGAAAUGAUUUUUUGUGUCUCUUCAAAACUAGGUCGUUUUAGAAUAUUUGCGAUAACAAGACAAACCACUGAAGUUUCGGAUAUGUUUUAGAAAUUCGUUUUUUGCAACAGUUUAACAGUCUCGACAAAUGACUCUACGUGUCUCUUCAAAACUAGGUCGUUUUAGAAUAUUUGAGUUAGCAAGACAAACCACUGAAAUUUCGGAUAUGUUUUAGAAAUUCGUUUUUUGCAAAUGUCUAGCAGUCUAAACAAAUGUGUUGGCGUGUCUCUUCAAAACUAGGUCGUUUUAGAAUAUUUGCGAUACCAAGACAAACCACUGAAAUUUCGGAUAUGUUUUAGAAAUUCGUUUUUUGCAAAAGUCUAAUAGUCUCAACAAAUGUGUUGGUGUGUCUCUUCAAAACUAGGUCGUUUUAGAAUAUUUGCGAUAGCGAGACAAACCACUGAAAUUUCGGAUAUGUUUUAGAAAUUCGUUUUUUGCAAAAGUCUAACAGUCUCAACAAAUGUGUUGGUGUGUCUCUUCAAAACUAGGUCGUUUUAGAAUAUUUGCGUUAGCGAGACAAACCACUGAAAUUUCGGAUAUGUUUUAGAAAUUCGUUUUUUGACAAGCCAACUAGACUAAAACCAGGCCAGCCACUGGAAUUUCGAAGAAAUUCUAUAGUUUAUCCUAGUUUACAUUCAAAAUAUUGACGAACACACGUUGUGGUGAUUUUGUGUGCCUCUUCAAAACUAGGUCGUUUUAGAAUAUUUAGGUCUGAACCCAUGGUUUUACGUGUCUCUUCAAAACUAGGUCGUUUUAGAAUAUUUAUGUAAAAAGAUAGAGCAACCACUUAAAUUUCGAAGAAAUUCUAUAGUUUAUCCUAUUUAA